AUGGACGACAAGCGCAAGCCGGGCGGCCUCAGCCCUGGUCGGCCCCCGCCUCACCCACCGCCAGAGGCCAUUCUCCGUCUCAUCCUAUGCCAAGUCGAGCGCACCUGCGACGCCGAACGCCCGGGGACCGGGCACUUCGACGUUACCCUUGAGGGAAUCAAGGUCCUUGACAUGACCAGAGUAUUAGCCGGGCCAUAUUGCACUCAAAUUCUUGGAGACCUAGGAGCCGAAGUUAUCAAGAUUGAACACCCCGUAAGGGGUGACGACACUCGGUCGUGGGGCCCGCCCUAUGCCGGCUACACCCCGGAGUCUGAAUUCGAAGGUCCUGGUGAAUCUGCGUACUACUUGACUCACCCCCAGGGCGUCGAGAUCCUCCACAAGCUCGCCGCCCAGGCCGACGUUCUAGUCGAGAAUUAUCUCCCAGGCACCCUGCGGAAGUAUGGCCUAGACUACGAAACCAUCCACAAGAUCAACCCCGGCCUCAUCUACACCUCCAUCACCGGCUAUGGCCAGACGGGGCCGUACUCUAACCGGGCCGGCUACGACGUCAUGGUCGAGGCCGAGUUCGGCCUGAUGCACAUCACGGGAAACCGAGAUGGCCCUCCCGUCAAGGUGGGCGUGGCCGUGACCGACCUCACCACGGGCCUCUACGCGAGCAACAGCAUCAUGGCUGCCCUUCUCAGCCGAGGCAGGUCCGGAAAGGGACAGCACCUCGACGUCGCCCUGAGCGACUGCCAGACGGCGACCCUCGCCAACAUUGCGAGCAGCUGCUUGAUUAGCGGCAAGAAAGAUUCCGGUCGCUGGGGCACCGCGCAUCCUUCCAUCGUGCCGUACCGCGCCUUUGCCACCAAAGACGGCGACAUCCUGCUCGGCGGGGGCAACGACCGCCUCUUUGGCAUUCUCUGCGACAACGUCGGGCGGCCCGAGUGGAAGACGGACCCCCGGUACAGCACGAACGCGGAACGGGUGCGCAACCGCGCCGACCUCGAGGUCAUGAUCGAGGACCUCACGCGGCAAAAGACGACGGCGGAGUGGCUCGCCGUCUUCGAGGGCAAGGGCAUGCCCUACGCCGCCAUCAACGACGUCCAGGCGGCCCUGGAGCACGAGCACACCAAGGCCCGGAACAUGGUGGUCGAGGUGGACCACCCGGCCUGCGGGCCUAUCAAGAUGGUCAACACCCCGUCAAGCGAGCACACGGACGAGAUUCUCACGUCCUACCUUGGAUUAUCCGCAGAUGAGGUGAAAGGGCUGAAGAGCCAGGGCGUGACGCGACAUCCGCCGUCCCGCAUAUGCGGUGGCCCGGAUGCAGGAGCGCGCCAUGCAGCCAUCAGAAGCGGCCAGUCCCCGCCAGCGCACGGCGGCCGGCGAGCGGCGCACCGAGUCUCGCCCGUCGUCGCCCUCCCCUCGGCAUCCACGCCCUCGCCCACAGAGACGCCGGCCGCGCGCCGGCCGUACCAGCCCCAGUUCACCGCCAUGACGGCCACGAUUCUGGAGAGGAUCAGGAACGGCAACGCCAGCGUCAGCUCCGCGGUGGCGGGCGCGCAAGCCGCCGGCGUGGUGCAGCUCAGCCGCGCCAAAUACGAAGACGCCCGCCGGCGGCUCGUCGAGACUCUCAAGACUUCGGACAGCAUCGAGCUACCCGCCGUGCCUACCCGCCGCGUCAAGGGCGUCGCCCCCACCCCCGCGCCCGGGAGCAGGCCGGCCAGCGCCGUGUCGACGCCGACCCAGGGCGCCCUGAAGCGCAAGCGCAGCCACCUCGACGCUGCCGCCGCCGCCGUGGCCCAGGAUCACGGCUCUCCCUUUUCCGACCUGGAUCUGGACGGCCCCCAGCUGAGGAAGAUGGCGCCCCGGCCCCCGUCCGGAAGAAGAAGGCCAAGGACGAUGGUGCCGCCGGCUCCGCCUCCAAGCGGUGCAGCCGGAGAGCUGGCACCUUUGUGCAACCCGCCCGAGGUCGUCAAGGCCUACAAGGCUGACCGGACCAGGUUCCGGUGCUUUGGGUGCCUCGAGGAGGCGCGCCAGAUGGCCGAGUACCAAAAGGCCAAGGCCGAGUUUGCGCAGCUCAAAAGGCAGCACGAAAUUGCGAAAACAAAGGAGAGGGUGCUGGCGUCGCUGCCUGUCGGCGCCGCAUUCGACAAGCCGGAGGCCAUCGGCUUCGCGGCGGGGAGCGCAUCGGAUGUCACGCGCGCCGACUACUUUUCCGCCUUGCCCCGGAGGGACCUCCUCAGCCUCCUGGCCUUUUGCGAUAAGCUCCGGCCGAAUCUCCUCGUCGAUCUCCUCGUGACCGCCACGAAAAAGCAUCCCGAGCUUCCCAUCUUCAGCUCCCCGGACUGGGCGGCCCAGGUCACUGCCGGCGCCUCCCGCCCGAGGACGCUGAGCAUCGACCCGGGCCCGGAGAAGCGUGGGGUGGACUCACCGAUACCGUCUCACACCGCCCCGAACCCGCCGCUCUCCACGCCCCAGCUCACGGCCGCGAUGAAGCAGGCGGCGCCCCCGAAGCAGACGCAGACGGGCAUGUAUGCGACGCUUCCGCCGGAGAGCGAGGACGCCGAGCACCUGAUUGACGAAGAUGCGGGUGGCGCGUUCCAGGGCUUCGCGAUCAAGUCGGAACCCAACGACUCAGUCAGGCUCGAGCCUACCGUUUGCUGCUAG